ACGACCCCGCAGGAAGUAGGAAGGACGAGCGCGCACUACAAGUCCCAGAAGCCCCAGUUUCCUGGAGCCCGCGCCAUGCCGCGCUACGCCCGCCGGGAGCCGGCCAGAGCGGCCAAGAUGUCGCAGCCCAAGAAAAGAAAGCUUGAGUCGGGGGGCGGCGGCGAAGGAGGGGAGGGAACUGAAGAGGAAGAUGGCGCGGAGCGGGAGGCGGCCCUGGAGCGACCCCGGAGGACUAAGCGGGAGCGGGACCAGCUGUACUACGAGUGCUACUCGGACGUUUCGGUCCACGAGGAGAUGAUCGCGGACCGCGUCCGCACCGAUGCCUACCGCCUGGGUAUCCUUCGGAACUGGGCAGCACUGCGAGGCAAGACGGUACUGGACGUGGGCGCGGGCACUGGCAUUCUGAGCAUCUUCUGUGCCCAGGCCGGGGCCCGGCGCGUGUACGCGGUGGAGGCCAGCGCCAUCUGGCAACAGGCCCGGGAGGUGGUGCGGUUCAACGGGCUGGAGGACCGGGUGCACGUCCUGCCGGGACCGGUGGAGACUGUGGAGUUGCCAGAACAGGUGGAUGCCAUCGUGAGCGAGUGGAUGGGCUACGGACUCCUGCACGAGUCCAUGCUGAGCUCCGUCCUCCACGCGCGAACCAAGUGGCUGAAGGAGGGCGGUCUUCUCCUGCCGGCCUCCGCCGAGCUCUUCAUAGCCCCCAUCAGCGACCAGAUGCUGGAAUGGCGCCUGGGCUUCUGGAGCCAGGUGAAGCAGCACUAUGGUGUGGACAUGAGCUGCCUGGAGGGCUUCGCCACGCGCUGCCUCAUGGCCCACUCGGAGAUCGUUGUGCAAGGAUUAUCCGGCGAGGAUGUGCUGGCCCGGCCGCAGCGCUUUGCUCAGCUAGAGCUCUCCCGCGUCGGCUUGGAGCAGGAGCUGGAGGCCGGAGUGGGCGGGCGCUUCCGCUGCAGCUGCUAUGGCUCGGCGCCCAUGCAUGGCUUUGCCAUCUGGUUCCAGGUGACCUUCCCUGGAGGGGAGUCGGAGAAACCCCUGGUGCUGUCCACCUCGCCUUUUCACCCGGCCACGCACUGGAAACAGGCGCUUCUCUACCUGAACGAGCCGGUGCAAGUGGAGCAAGACACGGACGUUUCAGGAGAGAUCACGCUGCUGCCCUCCCGGGACAACCCCCGUCGCCUGCGCGUGCUGCUACGCUACAAAGUGGGAGACCAGGAGGAGAAGACCAAAGACUUUGCCAUGGAGGACUGAGCGUUGCCUUUUCUCCCAGCUACCUCCCAAAGCAGCCUGACCUGCGUGGGAGAGGCGUAGCGAGGUCGGAGGAGAAAGGAAGAUCCCACGUGCAAGUAUUCAACAGUAUGUGGUUGUACGUGAGGAGCAAUGUAUGACACUGUACACCAAAUGAUCCAAAGGGAAUUCAAGACCUUUGGAGUGAGGACACCUCCAGAAGGAUGAAGGUGUAAGAUGUAUCAGCAUCCAGGCACUAUCCAAUCUGUCUGUAUGGACUGGUACUGACUGCUUGGUGCCACUGGACCACAGGCAGGAACUACCAGGCCCAAAGGAGAGGAAAACAUGGUAAAGUUUGACCUGCCUCCCUCAAACAACUUACAUUUGCACUGUUAAAGUUUACAAAUAUUUUCAUUAAUUCAUUGGACCAAUGGACAUUUUAUUGAGUAUACAAUGUAACAGUCAUUGUGAUAAGCAUUUAGGAUACAAACCAAUAAAACAGUUUCUUCCUUCAAA